AUGAUAGAUGAAAAUGAAUUGGCAUCAAUUCCAGGUGGACAAAUGAUUAACGCAAAUUGUAAAACUGAUAAAUUGUGGGAUAAUGAACAAUUAAUUCCCAAUUUGAUUAACAUUGAAUCAACGACAGCACAAGUAGAAGAAUGUAUGCUUACAUAA